CUGUUGUUUAACAGUCAGACGAAUUUCACAUCACCACCAUGCAGCUAUGAAGUGUAAAAUAUUAUUUUGUUUACAUUCAAGGAAUGCUCUUGAAUGUUUUAUUUUGAUUGUCAGCAAAUUGCAUGCUUUAGUUUUUCCUGUUGAAUCGUCUCUUAAUUUUUUCACUUUGAAAACAUUGUUUCUUCUAACAUCGGUGCAUAGGGUCAAGUACUGUAUUUGUGUUCAUAUUAGCAGGAUGAGAGCAUGCACAGCUGAGCAUGCAACAUAACAAAUUUAGCAAGCGGUUCAUGUUGAUGUCUCCUGGUUGACACAGUCUUCCUUUGUGUUCGAGCUCAGAUAUUGUAUUCUAUUUCUGAAAGCAUCUGGAUGUCCAUAUCUUUUGUGAAGUCACAGUAUUUAGUCAUUAUGUCACAACUCACCUUAAGUUGUCAUAAAACAUGUUUAUUCUUCAAGAAUGCAGCAAAUUUGGCUUGAUUCCUUCCCAUGCAGGUGCAAAAUGUGAACUGGGUUAAAGGAGCUGAUACUGAAAAAUGAGCAUGUGCGCAUACAGUAUCAGAGGGUGUGCUACAUACCUGACUGCUCAGAUUGCAACCAUUAUGUUGGCCCUGAUUGGCUGGAACAUUUCACCUGUACUGUUGUUUUACUGCCCCUUCACUCCUGCCUCGUCUCACCAUCCAGGUCCAAAGAUCACUGCACUGUUUGUUCAAGCCCAGAGCUGUUAGGCACGGGGGAUCCCGGCUCUUUCCGGACAAACUUGAAACCACUAGACGUGUCUCUCUCCAUUUAACCUGUUAUCCAUCCUGCCUGCCUUUCAUCCAGCUGGAGGCCCUAGUCAAACCUUUCUUCUCUGGCACAAGGUUUGUGCCUGCACAUCCAAACAGCACAGACGAGGGCCUGGAUUUACUUUGUCUGAGGCGGAAGAAAAGAGACAAGUGAAACUAGCAGUUUUUCCUCCUUUUUUUGUCAUGUGUUUAUGUGGGUGGAGUACUUAAAGGACACAAGAAGUCAUACUUUUAUUUGAGGAGUGAGAUAUGGAGAAACGGAGCUAAAGAUGGGAUCAGUAGUGUCAUAUUUUAGCCAGCUGUGUGGAACAAAGCAAAAACAAGAGGAGGAGAGACACUUACGAGCUAAUGACAGACCUUUCAACUUGUCUUAUCGCUAUGCUAACAACGCCAUCAAGACCUCUAAAUACAAUGUUUUUACAUUCCUGCCACUCAACCUCUUUGAGCAGUUCAGGAGGCUCGCCAAUGCCUAUUUCCUCGUCCUCUUCCUACUUCAGCUAAUCCCACAAAUCUCCUCUCUCGCCUGGUUCACCACAGCCAUCCCUUUGAUGCUGGUGCUGGCUAUAACAGCAGUCAAAGAUGCCAGUGAUGAUAUAAACAGACAUAAAAGUGACAAUCAAGUGAAUAACCGCAGGGUGGAUGUCCUCAUCGAUGAAGAACUGAGAAAUGAAAAAUGGAUGAAUGUUCAGGUUGGAGAUAUGAUCAAACUGGAGAAUAAUCAGUUUGUCACUGCUGACCUCCUGUUGCUGUCUAGCAGUGAGCCUCUUAACCUGGUCUACAUAGAAACAGCUGAAUUGGAUGGUGAAACCAAUCUGAAGGUGAAGCAGGCUCUGACUGUAACUGGAGAGAUGGGAGACAGCAUUGAUGUGCUGGCUGGUUUCAGGGGUGAAGUACGAUGUGAGCCUCCCAACAACCGUCUAGACAAGUUCAAAGGGACCCUGACUGUGAACGGACAGACCUACGCUUUGGACAAUGACAAGGUGCUGCUAAGAGGAUGCACUCUGAGGAACACUGAGUGGUGCUUCGGUCUGGUCAUUUUCGGAGGCCCUGACACCAAGCUGAUGCAGAACAGUGGAAAGACAACAUUCAAACGGACAAGCAUCGAUCACCUGAUGAACGUCCUGGUGCUGUGUAUCUUUGGAUUCCUGGCUUCUAUGUGUUCCAUUCUGGCCAUUGGAAAUGCUGUCUGGGAGGGGAGGGAGGGCUCAGCGUUCACAGCAUUCCUACCUCGUGAACCAGGGAUUGAUGCUGCUCUCUCAUCCUUCCUCUCCUUCUGGUCCUACGUCAUCAUCCUCAACACGGUGGUGCCCAUUUCUCUCUACGUCAGUGUGGAAAUAAUCCGCCUGGGGAAUAGCUUCUACAUAGACUGGGACAGGAAGAUGUAUUACCCCAAAAGUGACACUCCUGCCCAGGCAAGGACCACCACGCUCAAUGAGGAGCUCGGACAGAUCAAAUACAUCUUCAGCGACAAGACCGGCACCCUGACGCAGAACAUCAUGACUUUCAAUAAGUGCUCCAUCAAUGGGAAAGUUUACGGGGAGCUAUUUGACUUUUCUGGACAAAGGGUAGAAAUAACAGAGAAGACAGAGAGAGUGGACUUCUCCUGGAACCAGCUAGCUGAUCCAAAGUUCAUUUUUCACGACCACAGUCUGAUGGAGACUGUGAGGGAGGGAAACCCAGAGGCUCAUGCCUUCUUUCGCUUGCUGGCUCUAUGCCACACUGUCAUGCCUGAAGAAAAGAAAGAGGGGGAGCUCUACUAUCAGGCUCAGUCUCCUGAUGAGGGAGCUCUGGUGACAGCAGCAAGAAACUUUGGGUUUGUGUUCCGUUCACGCACACCUGAGACCAUCACAGUAAUGGAGAUGGGCAUACAAGUCACCUAUGAACUUCUGGCUGUUCUUGACUUCAAUAAUGUCCGCAAGAGGAUGUCAGUCAUAGUGCGUAGCCCUAAGGGCAAGUUGACUCUGUACUGCAAAGGAGCAGACACCAUUAUCUAUGAAAGACUGCAUCCAUCCUGUAAAACACUAAUGGACGUUACCACCAGACAUCUCCAUGAGUAUGCAGGUGAUGGCCUCCGCACACUGGUUCUGGCCUACAAGGACUUGGAUGUGGACUACAUGGAUGAGUGGGGAGAGCGCCACCAUGAGGCCAGUACUGCCAUGGAAGGACGUGAGGAGAGGCUUGAUGAACUUUAUGAAGAGAUAGAGAAAGACAUGCUGCUGCUGGGAGCAACAGCAGUGGAGGACAAGCUGCAGGAUGGUGUGCCACAGACCAUAGAGCAACUGGCUAAAGCUGGCAUCAAAAUCUGGGUACUGACUGGGGACAAACAGGAGACAGCAGAGAAUAUUGGAUAUUCCUGCAACAUGCUGAGAGAGGAGAUGAAGGAAGUUUUUAUUGUGGCAGCCAAUACAGCUGAAGGUGUCAAAGAGGAGCUACAGAAUGCAAGAAGGAAAAUGUGUCCAGAAGCAGCAGAGAAGCCAUCUGUGAUCAAGGCUCGUGCAGGCCUGUUUUGGCUUCAGAAGACAGAGACCAUACAGGAUGAGACAGUGAAUGGAGAAUAUGGCCUAGUUAUAAAUGGACACAGCCUAGCCUUUGCACUGGAGAAGAACUUACAGUGGGAGCUGCUGAGAACAGCGUGUAUGUGUCAGACAGUGAUUUGCUGCAGGGUCACCCCUCUGCAGAAAGCCCAGGUGGUUCAGCUGGUUAAAAAAUACAAGCAGGCUGUCACUCUGGCCAUUGGAGAUGGUGCCAAUGAUGUUAGCAUGAUCAAGGCUGCUCAUAUCGGUGUAGGUAUCAGCGGUCAGGAGGGCAUGCAAGCAGUUCUCUCAAGCGACUACUCUUUUGCCCAGUUCCGUUACCUUCAGCGCCUCCUGCUGGUGCAUGGUCGCUGGUCCUAUCUGCGCAUGUGCAAGUUUCUACGAUACUUCUUUUACAAGAAUUUCACCUUCACUUUUGUGCAUUUCUGGUAUGCCUUCUUUUGUGGCUUCUCUGCACAGACUGUGUAUGAUGAGUGGUUCAUCACCUUAUACAACUUGGUUUACACGGCUCUUCCUGUCCUUGGCCUGAGCCUCUUUGACCAGGAUGUGAAUGACCGUUGGAGUUUCCAGUAUCCUCAGCUCUACUGCCCAGGCCAGCUGAGCCUCUACUUUAAUAAGAAAGCUUUUGUGCAAUGUAUGUUACACAGCUGCUACAGCUCGCUCAUUCUCUUAUACAUCCCCUGGGCUGCCAUGCAGGACACAGUCCGUGAUGAUGGCAAAGACAUAGCAGACUAUCAGUCCUUUGCUUUACUGGCGCAGACCUGUCUGCUUAUUGUGGUGAACAUUCAGUUGUGCCUGGACACCUACUAUUGGACAGCAGUAAACCAGUUUUUUGUUUGGGGCAGCUUGGCCGCCUACUUUGCCAUCACAUUCACCAUGUACAGCAAUGGCAUGUUCUUCAUCUUCACCUCCUCUUUCCCCUUUGUUGGCACUGCUAGGAACUCUCUGAACCAGCCUAACGUGUGGCUGACCAUAUUCCUGACUCUCCUCCUCUGUAUCCUGCCUGUGGUGGCUUUCCGCUUCAUCCUCAUUCAGCUUCGGCCUACCAUCAAUGACAAGGUGAGACGUAAGGUACGAAAAGAGAAGCUGCCAGCUCCUGCACCUCGCCGCCCACCCGCUAGGCGUAUCAGCACCCGUCGGUCAGGCUACGCCUUCUCCCACUCCCAUGGCUAUGGUGAUCUGGUGACAUCUCGAAGGUUCCUCCUGAAACGGCCCCUGAGGAAUCGAGCAGUCCUGUUCACCCAAACAGACUCUCCUCUGGCUGAGAAUCAGCCACAGCACUACCGCACCAUCAAAGAGGUGUCAGAGGAGUCAACGAGCCCUUAGAAAAGACCACUGCAGCGUUACUGUGGGACCAGUAGAAAGAGUUGGAGCUUAAUCUCACAGUCAUGAGAGUAUGCACAUGUUCUCUCUUUACACUGCUGACAGCCACUUUCCAAAAUGGAUAAAAUUCACAACUUCCAGAUAUAGUUUUCAUUUAUUUCAUUACAACAAUCAACUUGUAAAGAACCACUUUUAAAUAGGUACUCAAAUUAUGUAGAUUGGAUUUUGAUGUAGAUGUUGACUGUGAUGGAUGACCUAUCUCAAGCAUGAUUUGACACUGUUGAAAAACUGUAACUAGCAGACGGGAAAGAAAGUCAGACUAAAAUGCUUAUAGGAAAACAGCCAAACAUACUCUACUGUACUGGGUUAAAACUGUACUGUACAUGCAAAACCAUAAAUGACAAUAAGAAUGAGAUUGUGUCAUGCACAUCAAAAGGUUUUGGAGAUUUGAAACUGAACUGUGUCACUGCCUGUAACAUGAAGUUGCGUUUUGCACUUUUUAAUGUUGGUUUCCUCAAAUGAAUUGCUAGUACUCUGAGAAAGCACGAACACUGAUUUCAGUUUUUGUUGACAUCUGUCAUGAAUACACUGCAUUUCAUUUACAGGAAUUUUUUUUUAAUGUCUUAAAUAUUUUUAUUUUAUUAUUUUUAAUGUGUUGUGUUAAUAAUCUGUUUAUGUAAUAUUCAACUGUUCAGUAUCACUUUACAGGUACUGUGAUAGUCGCAGUGUUUUAAAGCCAGGGGGCAGUGUUCUCUUGAACUGUGUUUUCAGCUUUGUGGAGCCAGUGUCAUACUAGGGACAGAGCGCUGACUAGUAGAUGGCACAUAUCACACAAGUACUUUGUUCAGUCCUUUCAGUUCUUUGACAUAUUUUACCAUUGUGACCUUCAUUUCAUCAUGUUAGGCUCCUUAGGCUCACAUUUGAUGAACUUUGUUCAUAAGCAUUUUGACUGAAUUGUUCACAUUCUUAAAUGGGAGACCAACUGUAAAUAAAAAAAUGAUUGAUUUGUGUAGCCAUUUAUUUAGACUUUUUAUUUUUAUUAAAAUGUCUGUCAAGGUAAGCUAACUGAAAAAGAGGGUUAAGUGGUAACAAAAAUACAGUUGACAUCUGUUCUUCAAAAAGAUUUUCCGUAGUAUUGCAAGUACUGUUUAUAGCUAGUUUAUGUAGUUUAUAUUCAAUGAAGAAUUCAGUGUUUUCCUUCAAACAUGAAAAAAGGAGGCCUGUUUUAUUCACUGAUAUUAAAGAUAGCACACCUUUGUUUUUCAUGCAAGUAGACAUGGGAAAUGCGGUUCACAAAUGCAGCA